AUGUCUGACAUGGAUCGCGAAUGGAAGCCCAACGGCCGGCCUCAGUCGACUAUGGCGCAAGCCUUCUCGUCCGCGUUGGACAGCGCCUUUAUGCUCGACUCUGACGUCAACAACCUUUCGCAAACCAUCGACCAGAAGAAACAACAGGUGUUGAUCCAGAGCCGUGAAUUGGAAGAGCUGCAGAAUCGGAUCCGCGAGGCCGAGAGGCUCCUCCAGUCCCGAUCUUUCGGGAGGGACAACACCUCGUCCCAACCCCGUGGACAAGGCCAGUCAGCUGCUUCCCAGGGAGGAUCCAACAACGAGCAGCAGCCGGAGCAGUCUGAGCAGCGGGGGAACAACUGA